UUCUUAAAUGUAGUUCUUACCAUUUGCCUCGAAGUGCUCACUUCUCUGUUCUUUUUUCUCCUUGAGUAGUUGUGUUGUUCCUAUAUUGCUCCCUCUAUCAUUUAUAUCCAAAUAAAGUCCCAUUUUUAUCAACAGCUUUAGGCAUGGCAGCCAUAGAUAACGGCAAGCGACUACACGUCCUCUUCCUUCCUUACUUCGCCACAGGUCAUAUCAUCCCAUUAGUCAACGCUGCCAGGCUAUUCGCCUAUCGCGGCGUUAACGUCACUAUCCUCACUACCCAUCACAACGCCUCCCUCUUCCGAUCUUCCAUUGACAAUGACGACAACCAUUCCAUAAUUUUUAUCGAUACUCUCAGGUUCCCUUCCACCCAAGUUGGCUUGCCUGAAGGAAUCGAGAACUUCAGCAUUGCUCCUUCCUCUGAAAUGUCCGGUAAAAUAUUUCACGCCAUUUAUCUUCUCCAAAAACCAAUGGAAGACAAAAUUCGCGAAAUUCGUCCUGAUUGUAUCUUCUCUGAUAUGUACUUCCCUUGGACCGUCGAUAUUGCUAAGGAGCUAAACAUCCCCAGGCUCUUGUUCAACCAAUCCAGCUAUAUGUACCACAGCAUUUUGCACAAUCUUAAGCUUUACAAACCUCACAAGCAAAUCAGUACUAGUAGCAGUAGUACUAAUUUCUUAGUUCCUGGUUUACCAGAUAAGAUCAAGUUCAAGCUAUCUCAACUUACAGAGGAUCUGGUUAAGCCCGAGGAUGAGAGGAGUCCUUAUGACGAAUUGCUCGAUCAAAUUCAAGAUGUCGAAGAUCAAAGCUAUGGCAUUGUUCACGACACUUUUUACGAGCUAGAACCUGCCUACGCUGACUACUAUCAGAAGAUCAAGAAAAUCAAAUGUUGGCAUAUUGGUCCCAUCUCCCAUUUUUCUUCCAAAUUAAUCCCAAAAAAAGAAGUAACUAAUGCCGCUGCUGACAAAAACUCAUGUGCCAUUGUAGAGUGGUUGAAUGAGCAAAAGCCCAAAUCAGUUCUCUAUGUCUCUUUCGGGAGCAUAGUUAUACUUCCAGAAGGCCAACUCACAGAAAUCGCGAAAGCUCUGGCAGCGUCGACCCUCCCUUUCAUUUGGGUAGUGCGGAAGGACCAAUCAGAACAAGUCAUGUGGCUACCUGACGGUUUCGAAGAACGGAAAAACGGUUUGAUUAUUAAAGGGUGGGCCCCGCAGCUGACAAUCUUGGACCAUUCAGCUCUAGGAGGAUUCAUGACUCACUGUGGUUGGAAUUCGGUUCUUGAAGCUAUUGUUGCCGGCGUGCCGAUGCUGACGUGGCCGCUUUCUGCCGAGCAAUUCUACAACGAGAAGCUUGUGGAGGUUGUGGGGUUGGGAGUCAAAGUGGGGUCAGAGAUAUGUAACUUGCAAGGUGGUGAGAUCUUGAGUCCUAUAAUAGGGAGUAAAAAGAUUAAAGAAGCAAUAGAGCGAUUGAUGAGUGAUGGUUCAAAAGAAAGUCAGGAAAUUAGGGAGAAAGCAAUAGCUGUGAGUGAAAUGGCUAAAAAUGCAAUUGGUGAAGGUGGAUCUUCAUGGAACAGUCUCACGGCGCUCAUUGACGAUAUCAAGAAUUUUACUUCUUCGUCGUAGACAAUAUUUAGCUGACCCUAACUUAUUUGUGACUGAGCUUAACAGUUCAAAUAUUGCUGUAGAGGAAUGUGCUGGCUGUGGUUCCUCUUAAUUAAUCCUUUUCGUUAUUUUCCUAUGUGUUGUCACUUUUGUUGUUAGACUGAAAUAAAAUCUGAAGAUUUUUUUU